AUGGAUCUGAAGGACAGCACCAGUGAGGGCAGCAUGAGCAGCCUGCAGCCUUCCAGCAUCCACAUCUUUGCCAACACCUCCACUCUCCAUGGCAUCCGUCACGUCUUCGUCUAUGGGCCAGUGACCAUCCGUCGCCUGCUCUGGACUUUGGCUUUUGUGGCUUCUUUGGGUUUUCUCUUGGUUGAGAGUUCAGAUCGAGUGGCUUUUUAUUUCUCCUAUCAGCAUGUGACUAAAGUGGAUGAAGUGGUGGCCAACAGUUUGGUUUUUCCUGCUGUCACCAUCUGUAACCUCAAUGAGUUUCGUUUCUCUCGGCUCACCACCAACGACUUGUAUCAUGCUGGGGAGCUUUUGGCUCUUCUUGAUGUCAACCUGCAGAUCCCUAACCCUCACCUAGUUGAUCCAGCUGUUUUAAGCAUCCUCCAAGAAAAGGCUAACUUUAAGCAGUAUAAACCAAAAGUAUUCAACAUGCAGGAGUUCCUGGCAAGGGUUGGGCAUGACUUGAAGGAUAUGAUGCUCUACUGUAAGUUCAAAGGCCAAGAGUGUAACCAUGAGGACUUCAAAACUGUGUUUACAAAGUAUGGGAAGUGCUACAUGUUCAACUCAGGAGAAGAAGGACGACCUCUCCUCACCACAGUCAAGGGUGGAACAGGCAAUGGGCUGGAGAUCAUGUUGGACAUACAGCAGGAUGAAUACUUGCCAAUCUGGGGAGAAACAGAGGAGACAACGUUUGAGGCUGGAGUCAAAGUGCAGAUCCACAGCCAGGCUGAGCCACCUUUUGUCCAGGAGCUGGGUUUUGGGGUGGCUCCUGGCUUCCAGACCUUUGUGGCCACCCAAGAGCAAAGGCUGACCUACCUGCCCCCUCCCUGGGGUGAAUGUCGCUCGGCGGAUCUGGGCUUAGACUUCUUUCCUGUUUACAGCAUCACAGCCUGCAGGAUCGACUGUGAGACAAGGUACAUCGUGGAGAACUGCAACUGCAGAAUGGUUCACAUGCCAGGGGAUGCUCCUUUCUGUACCCCAGAGCAGUACAAGGAAUGUGCAGAGCCUGCACUUGGCUUGCUGGCUGAAAAGGACAGCAGUUACUGCAUCUGCAGGACACCCUGUAACCUGACCAGGUACAACAAAGAGCUCUCCAUGGUCAAGAUCCCCAGCAAGACCUCAGCCAAGUACCUGGAGAAGAAGUUCAACAAGUCAGAAAAAUACAUCUCAGAGAAUAUUCUUGUGCUGGACAUAUUUUUUGAAGCACUCAACUAUGAGACAAUUGAGCAGAAGAAAGCCUAUGAAGUGGCAGCCUUACUUGGUGACAUUGGAGGCCAGAUGGGGCUGUUCAUUGGUGCUAGCAUCCUCACUAUCCUAGAGCUCUUUGACUACAUCUAUGAGCUCAUCAAGGAGAAGUUAUUAGACCUGCUUGGCAAGGAGGAAGAGGAAGGGAGCCACGAUGAAAACGUGAGCACUUGUGACCCCCUCCCCAACCACUCAGAGAGCAUCAGCCACACUGUGACGGUUCCUCUGCAGGCCACGCUGGGCACGCUGGAGGAGAUUGCCUGCUGACCUCCCCUUCCACCCCCUCCCACUCCACAGUGCCACCACACCUAAGGGAGGCCAAGAAAAGUGCCCAGGAGAGCAGGGAACCAGCUCAGGUUUGCAAGGAGGGGACCAGGCCAAAGGGUUGCCAAUGAAAGCAGUGGGAUGAGCAAAGCAAAGGAAGGCAAUGGCUAUGCAUUUAAACCAAAAUCAAGCUCUCUAUUCUCUCCACACUCAAAAGCAAGUGAGAAGCACCUUGGACUUGUGUUGUUCCUCUUGGGGGAAGGGGUUUUUGGCACCAAGCUGGAAGGGCAGCAGCUCCUUUAGCCCCCUCCUCUCCCACCUCAGCUCCCAUUGCCCAGAGCCACUUGCAUGCCACUUGUUGUUGCCAGCUGGAGAGUCAGCUCUUGGCUUUAGGAGCUCUGUUCCUCUUUGCAAUCUCUGCUCAGUCACUCCCAGAAGGAACUCAGCCAUGCCCUGACCUCACCAUUACCAACAGCCACAAAAACCCCCCCAGAGCAGCAGCUCUUUGGGAGUCUUUCUCCUUCCUUCACUCCCUGGGGCUCAGGCUGUGAUGCCUCUGGAAAGCUGAAGCCCAGGGGGGGAUAAAGCUUGCCAGGCAGCCCAAGGUGAGCAGCAUCCCUGCACAGGGGCC